UGGCAAACAGGUGUGAGCUUUGUAUUCGGUGCAAGUAUUUCAUUACUUGUCUCUUUCCUCGCUUUCCGGAAUCGUGAACGAGCAUUCACCGCAGGUCUAUCCGUGUCCAAAACCAAAGAUGCCACCCCGAUGACGGGGACCUUCGAAAGGCCCUGACAGAUCUAAAUGAAUCUGUGAUGAUGAAAUUCCAACAUGAGUUGCAGAAAACCGUUUCAUGGGCCGAUCUUAGCCUGUUGUUUACAAGAUGGGCUCGUUUGUAUCCCUCAACCAGGCAUAUGCUGGUCCAGAAGCGCAGUCUUAAAAGUCAAGACUGUCGCGGAAGCAGCUCUCAGAAGCCAUUGUGCUUUAAUGAUUUGUUAUCAGUUCCGCAAGCACAACUGGAGAUCCUACGGCCGCUAGCACCCGAAGUUACCGCACUGUUACAGCGGUUCUCUGAGGAAGAGGGCGAUCCAAGUGAUGGUAUCAACUCUGCGCUAUCCAAGGCCUUGAAGGGUGGCGAAGUGAUUUGGAGUCACUUUGCACGCGCGGUGGUGCAGCUCGAUCAUCGCGUUGUUGUUAAGCUUGGACCAAACAUAUCAUUAACCGACGCGGACAUGACAGCCCACAUUCAAAGGAAUUCUACAGAUAUUCCAGUCCCGCGGCCUCUUGGUGUACUCUCCCUUGGUGGCAUAACCUAUGCUUUUAUGCGUCGCAUUGACGGUUGUUCCCUAGAUAAACUCUGGCCGGAUUUGGCAGAUGUUGAGAAAUGCUCUGUCAGGGAUCAACUUGACUUCAUCUUGGAGAAACUCCGAUUGCUGCCAGCACCAGAUCAGUAUCUUGGUGGUGGGAGCCCGCCCCAGUGUGUUGAUUGCAGAAUGUGGAAGCGUACAAGUCCCUUGUGGAUGGAGAGUGAGACUCAGUUCAACGAAUUCCUUCUGUCUGGGAACUGUCGAUCUGGCAUGGAACCAUAUGUCAACUUUAUCAGGCCCAUGCUCCGAGAAAAUCAUCGCUUUGUUCUGACGCAUGGCGACCUGCAUCCCCGGAAUAUUCUAGCCGUUAAAGAUGGAGGAGGGAUUCGAGUGACUGGUCUGAUUGACUGGGAGGUCGGUGGUGUAUACCCAGAGUACUGGGAGUUUGUCAAGUCCCUUAACACGGUUCGCCCAAUACGCUCUGGUGACUGGCCCUUUUACCUGCCUCUGAAGGGGAUUGGUAGAUACUUUGAGGAAUAUGCUAUUGACUGCUUAAUUGAUAAUUGUGUGACAUAGAAGAAAAGCUCCAACACUCUGCUGCCUGGACACCUUAACAAAGGAAAUCGGAAGCGCCGAUCCCUGGUUGGGGGGCGACGAAAUGCAAUGGAAUGUGUGCCUUCGAGCUUCCAACAUUCCACCCCCUAUCCCUGAGUUUUCUCACGACGAGUUUAUUUUCUCUCGCACGGCUGCACAACGUGCCACGAACGACCCACGGGUCAGGGUCUCAGCAUUGGUCACUUCGUGAGGGCAAGGAAAGAGGUCCUGUUGGGACCUCUUUUCCUCCACCAAUCAAUGACCCUGUUGGAAGGCUCACCCUCGGGCACGUUGGCACUAGAGUCUCGGCAAAACAGUCAUAGCAGGAAAAGCGUGACGCCCACCAAUUUAGCCAGAGAAGGAGGUUAAGAUUUCAAGCGCAUGACUUGAAAUCUCGGAAGUCUGGACAACAGCAGACCGGCUGGUCAUCACCGCGCUUUAUGAGAGUCAGGGCCCACUUCCAUCACUGAUAUGGGUGUAGGUGAACUACGCGCUCUCCUAGCCUUGGCUACUCUCUUCGUCUUGACCGCUUCAAGGAAAGUAGUAGGAGGAAUAUGCGACGAGGACAGUUCGCAUCAAUCGUGGUCUGGAAAGGAAGAGGGUCCUGUUGGGACCUCUCUUUCUCAACCAAUCAAUUGACUGGCUAGGUGUUAGGUAAUCCAACUAGCACCUUGCUCAUGUGAUCCAUAUAGAUUAGACGAAAUUCCCCUUUAGGUAGCUUAGUGAAUGACAAGCGUA